AGCCUCUCACACUGACAGACAGAGGUGCAGAGCAAAGGAGCAGGAGGCAGACACACUCAGCAGCUACAGAAUACAGACAGACAGACAGACAGAAGGACUUUCAGUCUAUAGACAGAGGAAGGGACACCAAGCACAGCCCAGGGAUCAAGCCGAGACACAGAGAGAGCUACAGAGACACAGGGACAGCUAGAGAGACACAGGGAGAGCUAGAGAGACACAGAGAGAGGGAGAGUGAGGGAGCACGGUUUGUUUUACCAGCUUGUGUUUCCUCUCCAGUCUAGAGAGAGAUAGAGAUACACAGAGAGACACAGGGAGAGCUAGAGAGACACAGAGAGACACAGAGAGGGUUCACCUCGCCAGGAAUCAUGUUGUGGAAGCUGUUCCUGGCUGCCUGUGUGUCCUCCGUCCUGCAGGGGACGCUGUGCAGCACUGCCUCUCUGCACAGAGCUAACGACGGGGGCGGCCGCUGCCUCUACACCUUCACCGUGCCGAGCCCUGCGGAGCACAGCUGCCCCGAGCCAGCCGCGGAGCAGGAGCUCAGCCGACAGGGGGCGCUGCAACGCACAGAGAUGGAGGCCCUGCAGACACGACUGGGCCUGCUGGAGGCGCUGGUGAGCCGGCUGGCAGGGCCGGGAGGGGCCGUGGGGCAGGACGGGGGUCUGGAAGCAGCAUACAGCGCCGCCAUGAGGGAGAAGACUGAACUGCAGCGGGAGAGGGACAGGCUGGAGGCUGAGAGGCAGGAGCUGCAGAGCAGAGUGGACAGGCUGGGGCAGGAGAACAGCCGACUUAGACUGGGGCAGUGCGGCUUCCCUGAGACCCCCCUCCGGGACCCUGACCAGAGACCCCCCGACAGCUCCAGUCUGGAUUACAGCAGCCCCAGGUUCCAGGAGUUCAAAUCGGAGGUGACAGAGGUGCGGGCCCCCACCCACAGUGACAGCACAGGCUGUGGUGAGCUGGUGUGGCUGGGUGAGCCGGAGAGUCACCGGAAGGCAGACAGCAUCUCUGGGAAGUACGGUGUGUGGAUGCAGGACCCCGAGCCGGUGCCCCUCUACGGACCCGAGAUGACGUGGCGCCUGGACGCGGUGGGCAGCGCGGUGCGGCAGCUCUUCGGCUAUGAGGACCUCAAGCAGCUCUCCCGCGGCUUCCCCAGCAAGGUGCUCCUGCUGCCCGAGUCCGUGGAGAGCACCGGGGCCGUAGUGUACCGGGGCUCACUCUACUACCAGCGCCGCAAAUCCCGCACCCUCCUCCGCUACGACCUGCGCACGGAGAGCGUGGCCGCCCGCAGGGAGCUACCCCAUGCCGGCUUCCACGGGCAGUACCCCUACUCCUGGGGCGGCUACACCGACAUCGACCUGGCCGUGGAUGAGACGGGGCUCUGGGCCAUUUACAGCACCAGCAAGGCCAAGGGUGCCAUCGUGCUGUCCCGGCUGGAUCCUGACAGCCUGGAGGUGCUGCACAGCUGGGAGACCAGCGUGCGCAAGCAGUCCGUCGCCAACGCCUUCGUGAUCUGCGGCACGCUCUACACCGUGGCCAGCUACACCAUGCCCAACACCACGGUGAACUACAGCUACAGCACGGAGAGCGGGCACGGCCGGGCGCUCAGCAUCCCCUUCCUGAACCGCUACCGUUACAACAGCAUGAUCGACUACAACCCGGCCCGCAGGCAGCUCUUCUCCUGGGACAACUACCACAUGGUGACCUACGACGUGCGGCUCGGCACGGUGUGAGAGCCCUGCCCCUCACACCCGACCCCCGACCCCACUCCCUCACACCCGAACCCCGACCCCACUCCCUCACACCCGAACCCCGACCCCACUCCCACGCACCCGAACCCCGACCCCACUCCCUCACACCCGAACCCCGACCCCACUCCCACGCACCCGAACCCCGACCCCACUCCCUCGCACCCGAACCCCGACCCCACUCCCACGUACCCGACCCCACUCCCACGUACCCGACCCCACUCCCUCACACCCAAACCCCGACCCCACUCCCACGCACCCGACCCCACUCCCUCACACCCUCACCCCGACCCCACUCCCUCACACCCGAACCCCGACCCCACUCCCUCGCACCCGAACCCCGACCCCACUCCCACGUACCCGACCCCACUCCCACGUACCCGACCCCACUCCCUCACACCCAAACCCCGACCCCACUCCCUCACACCCAAACCCCGACCCCACUCCCUCGCACCCGACCCCACUCCCUCACACCCUUGUUUUCUAGCUGGUCGGAUGGUAGGGCAGGUUUGGCUCCGAGCCGAGUCAGGACUCUUUGAAGGGGAUUGAAAAGCAAAGUGAAUCUGUUUUGUUGUAUAAUUUGUGUUGUUGUUUAGUUGUGUGUGCUGGGAGCAGCGCAGUGUGUUUAUGUUAUGCUACUCUAAGCCGUGGCAGAGGGUUAUAUCAAUGUAUUUAAUACUGUUAUGUUUUGACAUCUAGAAAUACUCACAGGCAAACAUUUUCACUAAAAGUCCUUUCCCGAUGCCACCAAGUUAAAGAAUCACCAAACCUACAAAUCUUAAUGAAUUUAUUUUCUAAUAUACAUAUAUACACAUACAUAUAUAAAUAUACACAAACAUAUACAUAUAUAUACAUACAUAUACACACAGACUUUCAACUGCUUCCUGUUUGCUGUAAAUGAAUACUGGAUUAAGUAAAUAAAUAAACAAACACGACUA